GAGGGAAGUCCAGUGGCUCCUCUGUUAAUGUGCCAGGGUGGCCUUUGAUCUGGGGAAAUCCGUGGCAUUGAGUGCUGCGAGGACAGAGGAAAUCGGGGCCGGGGUGGGGUUCGCAGUUGCACUGUGCAGGAGUGAGGUGGGGAGAUCACCCGAACGAGGCUACCCACGCAAACUGUCGGGACCACGGGCCUGCCCUCUCGGCAGCUCCUGCACGGUCCACGAGCAGGGUGCGGUAUGAGAACAUAGAAGAGAAAUUUUUUUUUAUAUGGAAUGCUCAACCCGUUGACAAGGACUGCCUGUGAAGAAAACGAGGUAUUUCCCCGAGGCCUAAUAUCCUGCCUGCCCUGAUUGUUUUUUCUUGAAGUAUUUAUAAAUCAGGAUGUCUGCACAGUCAGUAGAAGAAGAUUCGAUACUUAUCAUCCCGACUCCGGAUGAAGAGGAAAAGAUCCUGAGAGUGAAGUUGGAGGAGGAUCCUGAUGGUGAAGAGGGAUCAAGUAUUCCCUGGAACCAUCUCCCGGACCCAGAGGUUUUCCGACAGCGAUUCAGGCAGUUUGGAUACCAGGAUUCACCUGGGCCCCGUGAAGCCGUGAGCCAGCUUCGAGAACUUUGCCGUCUAUGGCUCAGGCCAGAGACGCACACAAAAGAACAAAUCUUGGAGCUAGUAGUGCUGGAGCAGUUUGUUGCCAUCCUCCCCAAGGAGCUGCAGACUUGGGUUCGAGAGCAUAAUCCAGAGAAUGGAGAGGAGGCAGUGACAGUGCUGGAGGAUUUAGAGAGUGAACUAGAUGACCCUGGACAGCCGGUUUCUCUCCGUCGACGAAAACGGGAAGUGCUGGUAGAGGAGAUUGUUUCUCAAGAAGAAGCUCAGGGAUUACCAAGUUCUGAGCUUGAUGCCGUGGAAAACCAGCUGAAGUGGGCAUCCUGGGAGCUCCAUUCCCUAAGGCACUGUGAUGAUGAUGUUAGGACUGAAAAUGGAGCAUUAGCUCCAAAGCAGGAGAUUCCUUCAGCAGUAGAAUCUCAUGAAGUUCCUGGCACUCUCAAUAUAGGUGUUCCUCAGAUGUUUAAAUACGGAGAAGCCUGUUUCCCUAAGGGCAGGUUUGAAAGAAAGAGGAAUCCUUCCAGAAAGAAACAGCAUAUAUGUGAUGAAUGUGGAAAACACUUCAGCCAGGGCUCAGCCCUUAUUCUCCAUCAAAGAAUCCACAGCGGAGAGAAACCCUACGGAUGUGUCGAAUGUGGGAAGGCGUUCAGCAGAAGCUCCAUCCUUGUGCAGCACCAGAGGGUCCACACUGGAGAAAAACCUUACAAAUGUCUCGAAUGUGGAAAAGCCUUCAGCCAGAAUUCUGGGCUUAUUAAUCAUCAAAGAAUCCAUACUGGGGAGAAACCGUACGAAUGCGUUCAGUGUGGGAAGUCCUAUAGUCAAAGCUCAAAUCUUUUUAGACAUCAGCGAAGACACAAUGCAGAAAAACUUCUGAAUGUUGUGAAAGUCUAAGAAAUUUUUUAAAAAGUCAGCACUCAGGUCUUUUUCUUCAGAAAUGAAGACAAAAUCAAAAACACGGAAUGAUACAUAGUAGUUUGGUUUCCUUAUAAGAAUGUUAGAAAACCCGCCGGGACGUAGAGAAAAUUGUCAGCCCCAUCAUUAUUUUAUCUUGAAAGAAAUGGUGUCAUACCUGCCUAGAAACUGAAAUUUUAACCUUAAUUCAGGUGUUAAUGCCUAAAUCUUCCAUGUGAUGUUUAUAUUCUGUUUUCUUUUUUUUCCCAAAUAAUCUCGAUUCUUUGUCCCCUUCAGAUUUUCUUUUGUAGACAAAUACAUGAGUUCUAUGUUGAUCAUUGAGAUGUUCUUUGCAAGGAUACAUUCCCUUCUACACUAAAAAUCAACAUAGGAGUUUUGAAGUCUGAAAACUGAAGCCAUCUUUUCAAAAUUGACUCUUCUGUUUCUUUUGUACCCAAUUUGGAUAUGCAUUUCAGAAAAUAGAAGAUAAAGGAUGGCUAAAAGUUUCAAGGUAAAAUUAGAAGUGAUGAUGAUAAAACAUCAAAAAGUGAAUGGGAUGCCUAGAUUGGUAAAGAUAGAAAAAUACUUUGAUCCAAGAAUUGAAGUACAUUAAGAAUUUAUCUAAAUGCAAUUAUCUGCCUGUAAGAAAACUCAAAAAGGGUGCAUCCUGUCUGUAAUGUGGACAUCCCACCAAUGAAAGUCGUGUUCUCCCAUGGUUCAUCAGAAGGUGGGCCGAGUAAACAAUACUCGUAAACUAGGAACGUAGAAAUAACACUAGGGAGAAUUUGCAGUGAAUGACUGUGUUGAAGGGCACAUGUAAAAGGUAAUGGUCUUUCUGGGAUUUUAGAAAAC